AUGAUGGCAGAAGCCGCUGAUGGAGAUGACUCAUACUCCAAAUCCACAGGCCCCAAUGUUCAGGACGAUUCCAAUAUAAGGAUAGAGAGUUCGGAGACAGCUCGUCUUUUUCGUAGUUUGUGGAGCAAUAUUACAGAUGACAAUGCCCUUACUCUUUAUGGCUUCCGAAGGUUCAGAACGACUCAUCUACUCAAUCUACGACUCUUAGAGACUGAGAUCGACAAACUUGAUCACCAGGUCUAUCAAGCUGGACUGAGUCUGGGUCUUCCAACGACAAGCGGAGAUAAGUUGGGGUUGAAGCACAGCAAGAGAGAUAGACAUGCACCAAGCCCGGAGGCAGUCCUCAAUCCUCAGCUUGUGUCGAAGCUACGCCAGCUUCUGAAAGAGUACGAUGAAGGAUUAGUCUCAUUCAAUCAGAUCAUGAUGAUGGAGACCUUUGCUUUGGCGGACAACAGCUGGCAAGCUAGCCUUCGAAGUGACAACCAAAACCCCUACGAGAUGUACAAAACGCGGCUCGUACGCGUUGACACGGUCAGUCGAAGCCGCUCAGGUGAUCUUCUUCGGCGCAGUUUGCGAAAAUACUUGCGGGCUUUCUGGUUCUUUAUUCGCUUUCGAGGACAACACGCCUACCAAAAGCGCAGCGCUUACUUUUCGCCCACCGAGCUGGAAUCCAACCUCAAACGAUCUUAUCAGAAUACCAGCCGACUCGCAGAUAUUAUUACCCGGUUUUUGAUUGCGCUGAUAGCGGGUGCUUUUCUUGUGACACCGCUGGCAAUUCUUUCGCAUCAGUCAACCGUUAUAGCACAUCUGGUCACUAUAUCCGUUUGUAUUGUUUUGUUUUCUCUGCUUGUGUCGCUUCUAACCAGGGCCUCGAACGAAGAAACGAUGGUGGCUUCUGCGGCGUAUGCGGCUGUGCUAUCAGUGUUCUUCUCUAACAAUUCGGGUUCAUGA